GGAACCUUCCCAUCUAUUUUCCUGGCUUUCCCAAAGAUUUGGUCAACCUGUGAACGUCGAUGGAUUCUCUCCGAAUCAUCUCUCCGAACAAGGACGAUGGAGAACCUGAGAACAAGCAGCUCAGAGAAGACGACGAAGAGGAGACCGUCAAGCACAAGGAGCUCAAGCUGCGAAACUACGAGCCUGAAGAUGAGGAGCUGAAGAAGAGGAAGGUGCCCCAGGCCAAGCCAGCCUCAGUGGAAGACAAGGUGAAGGACCAGCUGGAGGCUGCCAAGCCAGAGCCCAUCAUCGACGAGGUGGAUCUGGCAAACCUGGCCCCCAGGAAACCAGACUGGGAUCUGAAGCGAGAUGUGGCCAAGAAACUGGAGAAGCUGGAGAAGAGGACGCAGAGAGCCAUCGCUGAGUUGAUCCGAGAGCGGUUGAAAGGGCAGGAGGAGGAGCUGGCAUCUGCUGUGGGGUCAGCAAAGCAGGAGGGAAGCGACUCCGACUGAGGAGGUCCAUCUGGCAGCCUCUUGGUGGGCUCUGUGGAUCUCCUCAUCCCAUCGCUCUCAGGUGGAGGCACCUCCUUGGGCCACGUUGCUCGCUGACACUUUGCCAGAAGCCCACGGAUCCCACCAUGCCUGAAGGAGAGGAGAAGAUCCAAGGAGCCCUGCUGUCCUCUCUCUUGGACUGUGGCUGUUUUCCUCCCUUGAGGAACACUUCACAGAUCGCUUUUUGGAACCACGGGGUGGGGCUGAUGGGAGCAGGACACAACAUCCACGUUAACUUGAACCUGGGCUGCCAGGACUUGGAGCAAAAGGGCUGGUGCCAGAGAAGGUAAAUUAAAUCUAACUCUCCUCUCACUUGCUGGGUGAGGAAGAAGAUGCCCAAGAAGCCUCCAGCAGCCCUUCAAGAGGCUCUGCCCACUUCCCCAAGGGACCCACGCUCAGAGAUGCCUUUCUCAAAGUGUUCCUUUCUGCAGAAGAGCUGCUCUAACUGUCAUGUGGGCAACAAGGAGGUCUCUCACUCUGGCUUUGAGUCUUUGAGAACAUCCAUGGUCAGAUCCAGUGCAGGAUAAUUCUGCUGGAAGGGACUUUGUGGCUCAGGAACCUGUGUCCAGGUGAGGUUGACGUGGGGUUUAAUUCUGCUCCCUGAAGUUUCUCUGUGCAGCGUGUACCGCUCCUCUGUACGUUUUAUAAUUAACAAAGUUUGUUGUUAACAAAUCUUUUUUGUAAUAAAACAGUCCCGUGGUGGAA